AUGAAGAGAAAUAGCUCGGGUCUUCGGGAACAAAACGAAGCCACGAAGGGAGAGAGGCAGCGAGACGAGCCUAGAGGUAGUGAAUUGAAGUAUCUUGAGAAACCAAAAUAUACAUCAGCACGGGAUCUAGGGCCAAUUCUGAGGCAACCAAAGCCGGGCUGGGAUCGAUACACACUCGCUAAAAUUCCUCAACGUAUGGAGUUCGAAUUGAGCGGAGAGAAUGAAGCUGAUCAUCAGCCGGGUGCAAACGAAUACUCGGCUAUCGGACGUAACACUCCACUUCAACAAAGAUCUCCCAAACCAAAAGCAACCUCUACUCUGACCCCUCCUAAAAAGCACAAUAACCACGGAAUUUCAAGAAAGCCAUUAUCAAGAGAACCAGCAAAGAAAAGCGAUUUUACACUUCUCAACCAGUUUGAAUAUGGAAACGUCCUAGCAACCGGCGCAAAUCCCAGUUCCCAGCCUCCCCCAAAAGCUAUAAUACCCUCACAGUCUAGACGACAGCACAAAAUUUCAGAUAUCCAGAAGAAGAGCUCAAGUCAUCAUGGAGCCCACGGUGAUGUGGCGAGAGAUUUCAAUGACAACAGGAAGAUGACUCGUGGUCAAAAUCGGGGCAUCAUUAUUCCUAAAACAAGAGAAAAUCCGGCUCUCCCGCCUCGUAAUGUGCACAAAGAAGAUAAAUCUUUUACUUCUCAACAGUAUCCACGACUAUCAAAGCAAAGGGUUGUAGCGCGUGAGCAUCGCCGUCCCAUCACCCCUGAUCUGCAAGAAUCUAGACAAGUGCCAGACUCAGUGCCGAGAUCUCAUACAUAUCAAAGAAAUGGUAGUCAGCCUCCCGUGAAUUACAGCUAUCCUUCUCGAGGGGCCAGAUCAUGA